GAAUCCCGUACUUGUGAAUACAUUCAAGCAGCAGUACCUUGAUCCAUACAAGCAAACAUCACAUUUGUAUCUACCAUUCCACAACAAACACACACACACACAUGACAGGCUUCGACCCCUACACGGCGCAGAAAGCGGCAGAAGCGCAGUUGCCCCAGCGCACGGAGGCGGAGAAGGCGGCGUUUGAGCGCGAGGAGGCGGCGAUAGUGAGCUAUGAGGCGGAUUGGGAUGAUUGGGAUGGGCCGAUCUGGCCGAUGGGCACGGUGCAGGUUGUGUUGAGUACGAUUUCCCGCAAAGGACGAGGAAGCUCGCGAGAAGACGCCCGAGAUUCAGACGGGCGAUCAUUACAUCGCGAAACCUCGAGCAACUCUACAGUCGGGAACAACAAUCGGUAUGAUUUUAGACUCGGAAAAUACCCUGGGUUAGUAUUGUAUAAUUACAUACCAGGGGCAGAUUCCGAGAGCACCAGCGAGAAAAGCUUAUCUCAUCUCACUCGUCUCCGGAAACACCAAUUCAGCUCAGCUUCAACUCUUCAGCUUCAGUUUCGACUUAACCAUUCGCAAUGUUGCAGAAAAUACAGUGCUACUUACCCGCCGCUUGGGCUGUGUCGACAGGUUUUCGAAAUCCUAGAAGGGAUGGAGUAAUUCGAAGCAUGCGAAUCGGACUCGCGGCUGGCUACGAGCAGCAGGUGGCUACCUCCAUCCAGGAUCCUCCAGCGAAGUCAUGAAAACCAAGCCGAGAUGUAAGUUCCU